GGUCUGGGUGCAUAGUCAGAAUAGCAACAACGUACUACGUCUGGGAAUAUUCGUGCACGGUAGAGAACGCGCCUCAGAGCUCCUCAGUUUUGAAUACAAUUUGUUUUGAGGGUUUACCAAGACGUAUUCAUUUUAUGUAAAUUCUUUAUUAAAUGCGGGUUUUUCUGAGGUGGUGGAGCCGCACUGCACAAAUCCAACGAGUUUCAAUUCAACAGUAGCCUAACGACGGACUGCUAUUCAUGGAUGGUCUUCUAAGGGCCACACUUCAUGGCUUUGUUUACUGUGGUCAUAACUCCACCCAACGCUCCUGUGUGCCUUGUCAUCUGUACAGCCUAUUACUGUGACACGAGCCUGGCCCGCCAGACUGAUAGCAAGAGGCAAGGACGAGCUCGUGAAUAACCAUAGCCUGUCUAACCAAGGUGUCAAGCAGGUCCCCUGUGUGUGAUGCCCUCUUGCUAGCAGGUCCCCUCCCAGAGUGUGAUGCAUCAUGGCUCCGGUGCUCAGUGCCUUGUUAGGGCCGGGGGUCGCGGGGUCAGGGGUUGCCAUGUCGACAUCGUUAGGCAGCGAGCCGCUGGUCCUAGUGGUCACCCUGAUGGCCAUCUCUGCCAUCGUGCUGCUCUCACUGCUACUGCAGCUGUGUGCCAGCUGCCAGGGGCAAAAUAAAUCCAAUGGCCGCCCAGGAGACCAUGAGAACCUCAUGAAUGGAGUGUCUGAGAGAGAGACGUUUACCGGAAGUCAAUCUGUGGACAGCCCAGGGACUGACCUAGUGGUGAGCAGUUCACACAACGGCCCACUAACCAGUGGUACAGUGUUGACAGACACCCAGGACAGCAGUCCACAGCCCUCUGAGGAGAUGCUGUCCAGCCAGUCAGAGCUGCGGAGCUCCAAGUGUCCCCAGGACCGCGAGCUUCCCAGCAUCCCACCCAACAGCGCCCUGGAGGGGAUGGGAUCCUCCAGCGAACCCCCUCUACCCGUCUCCGGAGACGGCACCUACGAGGUGGUGAAGGAGAGGGGCGGCAUCUUAACGGCGUCCCGUGACGUGAGCGUUGAAGACUCCCUCUACGAGACGGUCAAAGAGCUGAAGGACCAUCCAGGGAGCCUGGCUGUAGGUCUACCCAACGGACACGGUACUACGUCCCCCUUCAGCCCCGAUGACGACCCUCACCACCUCCACAACCCCCUACCCCCUUCCCACCACCGUCCAGCCCUCCACAAUGACCACCUCAGCCCCUGCAGCACCCCGGAGCGGGGGCCCCUGUGCGCGGGAGUGGAGUACGCCUCGGUGGAUCUGAACAAGAAGAGCCGUUACAGUGCAGACCUGGAGGCCAGGCGCUCAGCCACCAUCACUGCUGCUGUGAGCCCCACAGAGGAGCCCGAGGAGGAGGACAGACCCCCGCCUGUACCUGACAAGGUGCUGGAUGAGAACGACAACCAGCCUACCAUGAUGGACGCAGGAGGGGUGGUGGUAAUGGGGGCAGCACUUCACAACGGAGAGUUGCUCUCUCCCUCACCGCGGCUUCACAACCAUGUGCUGUUGGAGAACGAGCUGUCAGACAUGUACUCCACAGUGAGGAAGACACACCUAGACGUGGAGGAGAAGGAGAGUGACUACAGCAGCAUCGCUGAGAUCAAAGGUCUGGUCCCUGAGUCUUCCUCCAGUGAUCUCUACGCUACUGUCAGGGACAUCUACCCCCAGCUCGGAGAGGGGGAGUCAGACCCACAGGGACCCUCUGGGGUUCUCCAGGAGUCCCCUGCAGAGAGCAUCGACCCGGGCUACGAGAACGUCUGCCUCACUAAGACUGGUAAUGGAGAGGACUUGGGGCUGAGGAACCAGGUUCAGGAGCCAGACUAUGAGAGUGUAGGUGAGCUGGGCCUGGGGUUGAACAGGGAGAGUUCCCGUCUCUAACUGGGUAGUAAAGCUACAGUGCGGGGCCUAAACCUGAGCCUCUGGGGCCUCACCCUCAACCCCAGCAGUUAGCCUAACUAAUAGUCUCACCCUCAGCCCCAGCCAUUAGCCUAACUCCUAACCUCAACCUCAACCCCAGCCAUUAGCCUAACUCCUAGCCUCAGACUCAACACCAGCCAUUAGCCUAACUCCUAGCCUCACCCUCAACCCCAGCCAUUAGCCUAACUCCUAGCCUCACCCUCAACCCCAGCCAUUAGCCUAACUCCUAGCCUCAGACUCAACCCCAGCCAUUAGCCUAAUUCCUAGCCUCACCCUCAACCCCAGCCAUUAGCCUAAAUCCUAGCCUCACCCUCAACCCCAGCAGUUAGCCUAACUAAUAGUGUCACCCUCAGCCCCAGCCAUUAGCCUAACUCCUAACCUCACCCUCAACCCCAGCCAUUAGCCUAACUCCUAGCCUCACCCUCAACCCCAGCCAUUAGCCUAAGUAAUAGUCUCACCCUCAACCCCAGCCAUUAGCCUAACUCCUAGCCUCAACUUUACCCAGCAGCCCUGAUGACAGGAACACCACCUCAGGGCUCUGAACUUCAACCCUACUGCCCAUCAUCACCAAUUCAGGGUUUCUGCCCACUACCCCCUCAGUGCAGUUUGGGUGUGCCCACAGCCCAGCGAUAUCUGACUGAAUUAGCUAUAAUCUUAACUCUCCAUCAAUUCAUGGGGCCCUUAAAUUACCAUGUACGUACUCGGGGUGCUAUCAAAUCAGUAUUUGAACUAUGAAAUCACCGUCCGUUUUCAAGUUAUUGGCGUCCGUCUACUUUGUGAUGUUGCUUCUCACUCUGUAUCAUGGUGCACAUUACAUCACUGAAGAUUGAAGGUUAGCUACAUUAUCAACGACUGCUAUCAAUGUGGGAAGGAAGGCCAAUAUUUCUACAUUAUCCAUCACCAUCAUAAUUACUUCCUCAGACUAUAAAAAAGUACAUUUCUAAACAUGUAUAACCAGUCAUUACGAAUUCAGUUCAUUUUACAAGGCUGGUGACAAGCUGACUGGCCAGUGACACUUUGUCAGUGCCUUGUGAUUGAGUUUUUGUGCCAUAAUGUCGUUCUAUAAGGCACUUAUAAAGGUAUGAGUAGAAUGUUUCCCCACAAUGUAAUGUCACUGUUUAUAUAAUCUGUUCUCCCCUCCUAGUGCAUCAUUUCAUUCAGAACAUCAUGAUAAAUCAGAGAUAUGAUAGAUAUGUGUACUUACAUACUAUUGUGAAAUAAGUAGCCUCAAGUCAGGCAGUUUAGACGGCUGAACUCUAAAUGGAACGGCUUCUUUUAGUUUCUAAAACAUUUUUGAUUUGAUUUACAUGUCAACUUUUUAAUUUAAAAAAAAUCAAAUUCCUAUUUAUUUGAAGAUGGUGGAUCAUUGUGUGAUUAAGGGAUAUCAGGAAGUGUGUUUGUUCAUGAGGGAAACUUGAAAAGGUUUUGUUCUGUACAUAGGAUAUACAAAUGAAUAAGUGGGUUACCAUGGUAAUAAAGUAGUAAAGGUACUCAUGAAUAAUCCAGACUUUUUAAAAAGGACUUAUUCAUUCAAACAAAAGACGAACAAUGGUGAGACCAUAUCUAUCAAUGUUGUAGUGAUUUCUUGUGUGAAUUGUUCAACUCAGUUGUUGUUUUCUCUAUAUUUCUUCACAUGAUUCAAAAUGUAUUUAAAAUACUUAUAUUGGCUCAAUGUGACAAUAUGCAACAGCAAACCGGUGUGUUAAUGCAGCUGUAUUGAUCAAGGUGUAUACUAUGUGUGUGUAUGGUGUGUUAAUGCAGCUGUAUUGAUCAAGGUGUAUACUAUGUGUGUGUAUGGUGUGUUAAUGCAGCUGUAUUGAUCAAGGUGUAUACUAUGUGUUUGUAUGGCGUGUUAAUGCAGCUGUAUUGAUCAAGGUGUAUACUAUGUGUUUGUAUGGUGUGUUAAUGCAGCUGUAUUGAUCAAGGUGUAUACUAUGUGUUUGUAUGGCGUGUUUAUGCUUACCCUGUAGGUACACAUACUAUUGAUACGGUGGAAAAGGAUUUUAAAGCACAAAGUGUCAAAAAACAUUAUGCUACUGCUUCUGUACAGAGCUUAUAGCAACAACAACAACAUCAUACAUACAUAUAACCCAUCAUGUGCACAAUUAUAAUAUCAAAUGCUUCUAACUUAACUAUUUGAACAAGCACUAUUAAGGUAGCAUGUGCUGAUGACAUGCUAACCGAGGGUUGUAUAAAGUUAGAGUACGAUUUCAUGAAGUCGGCUAAUGUAUGAAUUUGCAAAUGGUAAAGUAUAUUUUGUAGUAUGUAUGCAUGUGAUUUGGACUGCUUAAUAGUGGCUAUAAAAGCACAUAGAGUACAGUAAAACCAUGCUGUCAUUUUAAGGGAAUACGUUUAGGCUAGCUGUAAGUAUGCCCCUUGCUCAGAGAGUGACCUAACUAUUGUUGAAAAUAUAGUGAUUGAUUGAAUGGUGGCGUAUGACAGUUUGGGAGUUCUGUAUUCUGUUUUAAUAGGACACCAUCUCAUUGGUUAUUUUGUUCUGUUGUUUUAUUCAUGUAUGGUACAUUGUGUUGGUACAGGUGUUUUAAAACAGAAAAGUCAAAGUUGGUACUUUUUAUUUUUUUAAAGAAAAGUGAAUGAAUAUUGUUGUUUGGUGUUUAUUUUCAAACUAACUGAGUAAGUUGUGAAUAAAUAACUAGCUAUUGCAAUGAUGAUACCUGCAUUUGACAGUUAAACAAUAAUACUAUCUUACUUUUCCUCCCAUUUCUCUGUUAUCUCAAUAUUGCACAUUAUUGGUGUAUGCAGAGUGAGUGAGUGGAUUUCAUUACACAUGCAUGAGCUUGAAUGAGCUUCUUGACGACAAACCAAGCGCCCAGGUUGACUGAUAUUAUAUUCACAAAUGAAAUCCAGGAAGGAGAGAAAGGACAGUUCCCACUAAAUUAGCAACAAUUGAUAGACACAUUAAAGAUGCUGUACAUUUCAGAUGUCCUUUAAAGCAAGGGCCCUGCAUAUGAGGUUUUACACACAUUUUAUAGAGUGUAAUUGUCAUUUCAUUCAUGUUAAAUCGCAAAAACAUGACCUUUUAAUGACCAUUGUUCUCCCCAACAGAUUCCAGAUUAGUUCAUGUAGCAGGAAAUGCUUUCAUUUAAACCUAAUGGUGUCUAUGGAAAUGCCAUAAAAGGCUUUUAACAAACGGUCUGUCAAAUAGGAACAUUAGUGCCAAAUCUCACAACCAAAGGUACCACACACAGACAAGUGUACGCACACACACUCAUACAGGAGGGAGUGGGUUGUGGGGUCAGGCAUGGAGAGGAAGUCCAUCAUAGCACCCUCUCAUUCAGCCCACUCUAAUAAUGAGACAAUACAUUCUCAACAAGCAGCAGAGAAUUCCUUACCAUUGUCUUUCAUUAUGGACGCUGUGUCCCAAAUGGCACCCUAUUGUCUCCGUAGGUCACUACUUUUGAACAGUCAAAAGUAUUGCACUAAUAAAUACUAUAGGUAUAGGGAAAAGGGUGCCAUUUGGGAUGCAGCUAGAGCCAUGCUUUCUUUGACAGUUAUGUGCACAUCUGUCAUAAGAUUCUAUCUGGUUUCCUGUGUAUGCAUGAAAAUAUUUUAUGACCAUAAUUUGAAAAUAUUAAAAGAUGUAUAACAAGUAA